AUGGUACUAAAUAGUACAGAAAUCCUUGAGAAAGGAUUUCUUGCUUAUAUACCUCAAAAAAUGCUAACAUCAAGGGGUAUUAUUAGAGAUGUAAGUAUAAAUAUUUCAAUGGAAAACAUAGUUAACGACAGUAAAUUACAAAAAAACGUGAAAAUUAUAUCGGCCAGAAGACUUAACAGAAGAGUUUUAGAUAGCAGUGGGACCGUUACAUACAUUCCAACAGGAACUGUACAACUACUCUUUGACGUAAGAACUCCCCCUAAAGAAAUAAUCAUAUAUUCAAACUUGGUAACAGUAGAUCCAUACAUCCCUCCUGUACAGCAAUGCUUCAAAUGCCUAAGAUUUGGGCACUCACAAAGACAGUGCAGGGGAAAAGCAAGAUGCCCGAAAUGUUCCGAUGAACAUACAGUACAAAGCUGCACAGUUUCUGUACCAAAGUGCCUAUACUGCGAUCUUGAUCACCUUGCCACAAAUAAAAUUUGCAAAGAAUUCGAAAGACAAAAAAAGAUAAAUGAAGUAAUGGUCUUUCAAGAUCUCACCUUUUUUGAAGCUGCCAAGCUGUUUCCCCCAAUUAAGGAAAAGCCAGAGAAUUCGAGAAUGUUUCAGAGGAGAAGUAGGGAUUUUCCUUCUUUACUAUCCAGCUCACCCAGAGCAUUUACUCAAGCACUUCAAAAAUCCCCAUCCUCCACUCCCCAUUUCCAGAGUCAAAGUCAUGUGGUCCCAGUUAAAAGGAAAAAUAAAGUAAUUCUUAAAGACAUUAGUUAUGACAAAGAGGCGCAUAAAGCUCUAUUAAAUGAGGAUCUAAGCAGAAAUUUACCUAGAUUACCGAUUUUAAACAAAUUAAAUGAUUCACAAAAGUAUACGGGAUCACAAGGCCCAAGUUUUGCACUCUCAUUAACAAGCAAUCGUGUAUAUUCUCAGGAUAGUGUAUUUUCAAAAAACGUUGAUUUAACCUCUGAUAAUAAUAUGGAUUUUGCAGGUUUUGAUGAGUCACAUAAUACAUCUAAUUUUAGUAAAAGUAGUGUUGACUGA